AUGCAACAGACUGUUGGUGUCAGCAGCCGUCACCCGUCUACACCUCGUGUUCAUCACCCGUCUACACCUCGUGUUCAUCACCCGUCUACACCUCGUGUUCAUCACCCGUCUACACCUCGUGUUCAUCACCCGUCUACACCUCGUGUUCAUCACCCCGUCUACACCUCGUGUUCAUCACCCCGUCUACACCUCGUGUUCAUCACCCGUCUACACCUCGUGUUCAUCACCCCGUCUACACCUCGUGUUCAUCACCCGUCUACACCUCGUGUUCAUCACCCGUCUACACCUCGUGUUCAUCACCCGUCUAUACCUCGUGUUCAUCACCCGUCUACACCUCGUGUUCAUCACCCCGUCUACACCUCGUGUUCAUCACCCGUCUACACCUCGUGUUCAUCACCCCGUCUACACCUCGUGUUCAUCACCCCGUCUACACCUCGUGUUCAUCACCCCGUCUACACCUCGUGUUCAUCACCCCGACUACACCUCGUGUUCAUCACCCCGUCUACACCUCGUGUUCAUCACCCGUCUACAUCUCCGUGUUCAUCACCCCGUCUACACCUCGUGUUCAUCACCCCGUCUACACCUCGUGUUCAUCACCCCGUCUACACCUCGUGUUCAUCACCCCGUCUACACCUCGUGUUCAUCACCCGUCUACACCUCGUGUCUUCACCCCGUCUACACCUCGUGUUCAUCACCCGUCUACAUCUCCGUGUUCAUCACCCCGUCUACACCUCGUGUUCAUCACCCGUCUACACCUCGUGUCUUCACCCCGUCUACACCUCGUGUUCAUCACCCCGUCUACACCUCGUGUUCAUCACCCCGUCUACACCUCGUGUUCAUCACCCGUCUACACCUCGUGUCUUCACCCCGUCUACACCUCGUGUUCAUCACCCCGUCUACACCUCGUGUUCAUCACCCCGUCUACACCUCGUGUUCAUCACCCGUCUACACCUCGUGUUCAUCACCCCGUCUACAGCUCGUGUUCAUCACCCCGUCUACACCUCGUGUUCAUCACCCGUCUACACCUCGUGUUCAUCACCCGUCUACACCUCGUGUUCAUCACCCCGUCUACACCUCGUGUUCAUCACCCCGUCUACACCUCGUGUUCAUCACCCCGUCUACACCUCGUGUUCAUCACCCCGUCUACACCUCGUGUUCAUCACCCCGACUACACCUCGUGUUCAUCACCCCGUCUACACCUCGUGUUCAUCACCCGUCUACAUCUCCGUGUUCAUCACCCCGUCUACACCUCGUGUUCAUCACCCCGUCUACACCUCGUGUUCAUCACCCCGUCUACACCUCGUGUUCAUCACCCGUCUACACCUCGUGUCUUCACCCCGUCUACACCUCGUGUUCAUCACCCCGUCUACACCUCGUGUUCAUCACCCCGUCUACACCUCGUGUUCAUCACCCGUCUACACCUCGUGUUCAUCACCCCGUCUACAGCUCGUGUUCACUCUUUAA